AUGGGAGUGCUCAUGUCAAAGAAGCAGCAGGUGGAGAAGGUGCAGAAAUGCAACGCCGUCGUCUUCGCCUUCCAAGCCGGCGUCAAGGACCGGCCCCCCACAGGCAAACAGGGGGACGGAGACGUGGAGGAAGAGGACGGGUCGGCCAACCCUGAGGGGAAGAACGGCGAGGAGGCGGAGAAGGAGGACACGGACAGCGGCGCCGCCCCCUCGACCUCCCAGCAGGCCGCCGCCGCCGCCUCCAGGGACGAGUGCAAGGCCAACAACGAGGCGUGGUCACGGCUACGGGACGGGAAGGGGGUGGAGCCCGAGGAUCUCGACAAGACCCAUCAGCUCACACCGCCGGCGUUCGUGCGGCCCAAACGGGAAGCGGACGACGACCAGCCGGUGGAGGUGGAGCUGGAUAAGAAGGAGCAGCCGCCGAGAGACGAGAUGUGUGACGUGUGCGAGGUGUGGACGGCCGACGACCUGUACCCCUGCAGGGUCUGCACACGCAUGUUCCAUGACGGCUGCCUGAGGGAGCUGGGCUACCUGCGCACCGAGGCCCUGCAGGAGAUGAGAGAUGCAGCCCACACAGUCACCGGCUGGAGCUGCUACUAUUGUGAUAAUCUGAAUCUGCUCCUGACAGAGGAAGAGAUGUACAGCCUCAUGGAGACGUUCAAGCAGUGCAAGAUCAUCCCGGAGUCGUGCCUGGUGUCGGACGAGCUGCUGCAGUAUCGCCACUUCGUGUCCAAGCAGCAGUUUGAGAAGGACCUGACGGACGAGCAGGAGGAGGAGGUGCUGGCCCAGUUCGUGUCGCUGGAUCCGGAGAAGAAGGGUCACAUCGAGUGGUCGGACUUCCUCUACUUCGAGUCCCUGGCGAUGCUGAGGAAGUUCCGCACGGAGAACUCAAUGAUGCGCCUGUUGACUGCCAAGGAGAGAGACAAAGCUCGCUCUGUGUUCCUGGGUCUGGAUCUGGAUAAAGACGGCCUGAUAACACGGGCAGAGUGUCGCCAGGCCCAGUCGUCCUGGUUCAACAAUCCCAACAAGGACUCCCAGUCGUGCAACGUGAGUAUCAGUCAGGUCGGCCCCAUGUGUGAGAGCAGUCCAGGCAGCUCUGGCAGCGAGAGGAGCAAGACUGGUGACAGCAGGCCGGUGACCUGGGCGGACUUUCUAAAGGAGAGUGGCAUCUACAUUUUGGCUGCACGCCCCAAUAGCUCCGCCAUGCACAUCCAUCUGCCUCUAUAG